AUGGACCUGGAGUGCACUGCAGCUGCCUUGCUGUCAAAAAACAAAGAACUAGAGCAGGAAAAUGUCCAACUAAGGACAAUGCUGGGUUCAAACAAAGAAAAGACCGACCCAAAAGCUGGGAUCCAGAGCUUCAGGCACGAUACUGCUGAAGAAUUGCCAGGUACAGUAAGGUUGUUUUUUUUUUCAGUCACUAGAUGGCAGCCAGGCUAAAGUUAAAGUUGUCAUGUUACUGAAAGCAAGAGCAGUACUGACCUUCAAAGAGGGAGAUAUUCAAAAAGAAUUGGCAAUGUAAUCAGAUCAGUUUUGUAACUUUGUCUCUGACUCAGCAGUUUGUUUUUCACCGACUUCUUCAGUUGUCAAACAUUUUUAAUGCACUGUGUUUUUGUGUACAUUUUAUAGUUAAUGUUAACUUGAGUAACAUGAUCAACAAAUGUGAAGGCUUCAUUGACACUUUUUGACACUGUCAGAUUGAUUUUAACAUAUGCGUAAAAAGAUAGUUGAAUUAAAAAAUGCAUUCUCCUGAGUAAAGUCAAAGUGAUAUAUAAUAAACACGGUAAAAACAAAAACAAAUUAGUAAUAAAAAUAUAUUGCUGAUAAGUUAUGUCUGGUUAGAGUAAAUGCAAAGAGGAGGAUUUUAAAUCACUGUAAGCUGUCUAUUUGGCAGAGACACACCUCUCUGCCCUACGGAUGACAAGAUAAGAGCCGGCCUGUAAUUGGACUGACAGAUAACAACUGAAGAGCCUUCAGAAUAAUCCAAAUGAUCCUGUGACUCACAGUAGAUACAAGUCUAGUGUUUGACUUUAGAGGAGGAGCUUUACUCACUUUUUAAAUUUUUUCUUAAUAUUUAAUUUGAGCAUUUGUGAUUUAUUACCUCAGCUGUUUUUAACUAUGUUCAGCAAUUCUGAGCAGACUGUGACAAAUUAGCUCUUUGUAAAAAAUCACUCAGUUAAAACUCUGACUCUAGUGUGUGUCGUGCAAAUCAAGUUCUGGUUGUGAUCUGUGAAAAAGCUGUUGAAGUUACUGAGGUAUGAGUAGAAAGGGACACAUUUCUGUGUCUUUGAAACAUCAACUCUGCUUGACAUCAAUAGAAAAGGAUAACUGAAUACAUUUGCUCAACUUCAGAUGGAGCACCAUCCUGCUCUCUGUGGCAGAGCACCUUGGACGAGAGGAACUUCCAGAAAAAUCUGCAGCCAUCAAAAGCCAAACAUGAACACCGAAUCUCGUCCCCGGUUGACUUCAAGUCUUUCCUCCAAAACUCCAUGUACACAGACGCAAGUGAGAAGGCGGAGUUUCAGAGCUGCCAGGCAGAUGUUUCUCUGAAUGACAAAGGUACAUAUAUCAAAGUAAAGUUUAAGCAGUAUGGAUCCUGCUUCCUUUAAAGAAUUUUUUUAUCAAGUCAUUAUUUCAUGGCAGAUGAAGACAGACUGCUGGGGGAGAUUGCCUUCCAGUUGGACAGGAGGAUUCUCAAAUAUGUCUUCCAGGGCCACCGGAGGGUUUAUGGUUUCACACUGCUCAACAUAGCAGACAAGAUCAGAGAGGUGAUGAAGAGAAAAAAAGGCUGUGGCUUGAGGGAAAUUUCUACUAUUAUAGUUCUAAUAAUUUAAGAAAGCAAAACAACCAAUAAUUUUUUUUUCCUAUUGCAGGUCAGCACACAUCCUCUGACAGGGAAGGUAGAUGUGGGCUAUCAGCUUCAUCUCUCUCAGAGGCAUGCUGAGCUCAUGGAGAGGUUGAGUCAGCUCGGGUAUAAAACAGCACUUCACCCUGUGUUCAACGAAUUUAUUGUCAACACCUAUGGGCUCCUGACAGAGCGACCUAGUGCGCACAGCAGCUGGAAUAAUUUUGACUCUCUGUUUAAGGCUAUUAAGACCAAAGCACCCAGCAAACUCCAAAAAGACUUGCUGCUUGUGCUUACCUGCCUCUGUGACAUGGCACAAAGGGAUGGAAAACCACUUCUUUGUGGGUAGACAUGACUAACCCCCU